UUCCGGGGUGGGGACCCAGGCGUCCGGGCUCGUCCCGCCCUGGGCAGGCGCUGACCAGUUCGGCGGGUGGGGGCAGAGACUGGGACCAGCGCCCGGGGCGGGGACACGGGGCGGGACCGGCGCGGGGAGAGCGGGACGGGUCUGGGACAAAUAAUGGGAUAACGGGACAGAAGUGGGGCCGGCACCGGGACAACGGGACGGGACUGGGACCAGUACCGGAUAACGGGACCACGAUCGGCACUGGGAUAACAGGACAGGACUGGGACCAGGGUGCCAGAACCAGCUCUGGGUUAGCAGAACUGGGACCAUUACGGGGGAAGCGGACGGACCUGAACCCCAGCAGGACCAGGACUGGGGACCAGCAGGAGGCAGGAAGCCCCCCUGGGCCCCCCCAGCUGGCAGGACCCCCCCAUGGCAGACGGCGACCAGCCCCCACGCAGGGCCCCCACCCCCGCGGGCACCCACGGCCCCGGCACCCAGGUGAAUUGGGCUAGGGGGGCUGGCACGGGCCCCCCAGCCGGGGCUGGUAGCCCGGGCGGGUCGGAGGGCCCCCCCCUCGGAGCCCCCGCUCUGGGUCAAGCCCCUGCCCAGCCCUGCCGGGCCGUGCGGCGGGUCCACGCCUUCGGGAAGGGGGGGCAGGCGCUGCGCAGGGACCCCCGCACCCCCCCCACCAUGCGGGGCUGGCUGCACAAACAGGACAGCUCGGGGCUGCGGCUCUGGAAGCGCCGCUGGUUUGUGCUGGUUGAUCUCUGCCUCUACUACUACCGGGGGGUUCUUCCCCCACCGAGGCCCCUCUGCCCCCCAGACAGCAGCGAGCAGCAAGUGCGCGGGGGUCUCCCCCUGCCCGGCUACGAGAUCCGCGUCCUGCCCCCCGCCCUGCGUACUCCCCGAUUCCUCUUCACGGCUGAGCACCCUGGGAUGCGAACGUACUGCCUGGGGGCCGAGACCGCCGAGGAGCUGAACGCCUGGGUCUGUGCCCUGCGCCAGGGCGCGUCUCCCCUGUCCGGCUCCCCCGGCUCCCUCUCCCUGCAGACUCCCCCGGAACCCCGCAGUGCGGGUCCCCUCUUCCCCCUAUUGCCUGCCCACCCUCCUGGCUGGUGCUCCCUGUGCCCCGCCGGUGAGGAGCUAGGAGGCCCCCUCAUGUCACCUCCUCGCCGUCCCCUGGUCCCUCCACUGCCCCUCAGCAAGGAGGAGGCCCCGGCCCAGCGGGAGUCCUGCAGGACGAAGGACACCCGCGGGGAGUCCCCCGUGUGCGACGGUGCCGCCGCAGCAGGGAGAAGCCCGCGGGAGCUCCGCCCCCCUGGAGCACAGACCAACGAACCGCCCUCUUCGGAUGCGGCGGAGCAAGACAUCGUGGCCAAUCAGACACUGACUUCUGCAACUGGCUUUUCUGAUUGGCUGCUGGCAUACGAGGCCAUAGAUGGGGCUCCGCCCUCCCCGGGCACCGCCUCCCUGCCGCCAGCCAAUGAGACCUCGCUCUGGCGGCGGGCGAGUGGGCGGAGCUUGGAGCGAGAAGGUGUGGCCGGCCGCGGGGCGCGGCGGCCAAUCAGAAUCACCCUUCUCCAGGCCAGCUUCUGAGGGAAGGGCGGGGCGCCACGCCCCUGGAGGGCGUGGUCGGACUGAGGGGCGGGGCUUGAUUGACCACGCCCCCGCCCCGCCAGGCCCCGCCCCGCUGCGGGGAAGAUGGCGGUGGCGCGGAACGGUGGGAGCGCGGCGCUGCGGCAGCUGCGGGGCGGCAUCCCCGGCGGAGCGCGGUGAGCGGGGCCGGUGGCCUCCGACAGCCCCGGUUCGGCUACUCCCGGCCCGACUCACGCCCCUAAUUCCCCCCCAGGACCCGCUUCCCCGCGCAUCCCCCCUCCCCGGUUCCCCCCAGCGGACUCACGGGCGGGCCUCGGGCUCUGGCGCGGUGCCGGGCGGGCAGCGGCCCCGCUGUUAAUGCCUCACCAGGAGGGACAAAGGUCCGGCCGGCAGCGGGGCCCCGGGGCGGGGGAGGGGGCGGAGGCGCCAUGACCCUCCCGAGCCUCCCUGGGGGGAACCCUGCAGCCUCCGGCCCCAACGUCCUCCCGGGGGUCACCGGCGGGGCUGGACCGGUGCUGUGGGGCAGCGGGUCUGCCCCACCGUGGAGAGGGUGACGACCAGCUGGAGCAGUCCCCGGGGCUGGGGGGAUCCCUCAGAGAUGGGGAAGCUGGUGCAGGGUAAAAAACCACACCCCUCUCCAGCCUGGGAUGGGGGAAACUGCGGCCUUUGCUUUCCCCACAUGCCACCUACAAAACUGGGCCAAGGGCUGCUGUGGUCCAGCCCCCCCGAGAUGAACUGAAUGACACCCCCGAGACAGACGAUGGAGGCGGCUGCCUGUGGGAACCAGCGGCAUUUGGUUCCCGUUUGCCCCCCUGGGCAGA